AUGACGGAGUUUCUUUUAUCUCAGUCACCUAUUCCUUCCUCUCAAGAGCUUGUUUAUUCUCAAGAUAUCCCCAUGUCUCAAGAACGUACAUACAAUGGAAAGGUGAGAGUCGUCAAGAGCAAUCCAGAACGAUAUACGGUGGAAUGUUAUUACAAGGAGAAAUUAGAAUGCGACUGGAUGUUCCAUGCAGCUCCCAAGACUUCCAAUGUGAAGGGUCACUUAUUCCUCAAGGCCUAUAACGGGGAACAUAAAUGUUGUGCUGGUUAUAGUGAUGGAACAAAGGCUGAUCCGGUUACGCGCGAACUUAUCAACAGUUUGAUAUUUGAGCAGAUUGAACAGAAUCCCAACAAGAAAGCCAGGGAUAUUGCGCAUGCCGGGAAAGAAUUAUGUUUCAAGGAAUUGUAUGGCGAGGACAUUAAAUCAUACACUGACUUGAGAUGGUGGUGUGAAGCCGUGAAGAAACACGAUCCAGGUAGUAGGGCUGAUUUAGUUGUUGAAGGUGGCGAGUUUAAGAGUUUGUUCUUAGCCUUCGAUGCUUGCAUCUCUGGUUUUGAAUAUUGUCGCACGGUACUGUUCUUGGAUGCAACUUUCCUAACUGGAAAAUUUAGGGGUUGUCUUAUGGCGGCUACCGGGAAGAAUGCGAAUAAUGGAAUAUUUCCUCUCGCAUAUGGUAUCGUAUCAGCUGAAACUGUUGAGAAUUGGCAUUGGUUCUUGAAGAAACUAGAAUCUAUCUUGGGUCCUCGUGUACUAACUUUUAUUUCGAAUCGCCAUGAGGGUUUGAUCCAAGGGAUUCGUGAUGUUUUCCCAACUUUCUAUCAUGCUUGGUGUUACCAGCAUUUGAAGAAUAAUGUCCGCAGUAAGACCAACAAGAAAAAGGGAGAGCAUUGUGCUGCGAUGGGUUUGUUCAAAGAAUGUUUAUAUUCAUCGACUCAUGAAGGCUUUGAUCAGGGUAUGCAAAAGUUGAAGGAUAUGGGAUGUGAUGGUCUUCACAAAUUCUUGAGUGAGAUUCCAGUGGAAUGUUGGUCCAAUGCACAUUGUAUGGGCUGUCGUUACGGCGACAUGUGUUCAAAUAUUGCAGAGUCCUUUAACUCUUGGAUCAAGGAAUCAAAAGGUAUGGCUAUUGCAACACUUGUUAACUGGAUCAGACUUAAAAUUAUGGAACAGAUGAGUACAAGGAAGAGGAAGGGGGCGACGUAUAAAGGAUUCAUUUGUCCCAGGCUAGAGAAAAAAGUGUUGGCUUCCAUUCGUGCUGGUGUCCAGUGGAGAAUAACCAAGUCUGGUGACAUGGAGUGGGAAGUUUUUGAUGGAAAGCACACGCAUGUUGUUAAUAUUGCGAAGUUUCAGUACAGCUGUAGGGUUUGGUUUACUGAGCAGUUCCCUUGUGAUCACGCUAUUGCGUGUAUGCAUUCAAAUAACAUCAAUGUUUACGAGUACAUUAAUCCGUAUUUCAGCAUUGCUAGCUUCCGUGCUUCGUAUGAUCGUCCUAUCAAGCCCAUUCCUGAUUACGACAAGCCUAUUGAUGUUGCUACUGGAGAUCUCGUGAACCCACCAACUGUCGUAGGAAAAAAACAUGGUAGGCCGAAGAAGAAGCGGAUUCCUAACACAGUUAGUGCAAGUUUCAAGAGACCAAUUACGUGCGGUAACUGCCAUACUCAGGCACAUCAUAACAAGACGACGUGUCCUCAUCCUCCUGCGAAAAAGCAACGUUAA